GUUUGCGACUGUCGCACCACCAUCAGUGAUGUGGGCAUGGACCAUUUGCUGUUGAACGGCAGCAUGCUGUGUUCGACGAACGCCGUACCACCGGAACAACAGCAAAUGCCGCAGCAGGCGGACAUCAAUGACCUGCUGCAGCAAAUCAUGAACAUUACCGAUCAAAGUUUGGAUGAGGCCCAAGCUAGAUCUUUCUACCUUCUGUUCCUGUUCUCUUUGCACAUGGUACUGAUCAGCAGACUGGACAUUUACGCUGAUCUCAUUUCCAGAGUAAGCCAUUUAGUUGAACUGUCCGAAUUACGGGAUGAUUUCGCGGGCCUCUUGUGA